AAUUCGUUUGGAUCUCCCAGUGUGAAAACAUAUUAGCAGGGACUGAGGUUCGCGGAAUAAUAACUAGUUUAUUAAAGCAACGUACAACUGUAAACAAUAAAUAUAAAGCAGGAAUAACUAGAGAACACAAAGGGAAAACUGAGGGGACAUGGGAUGCCAGGAAACUGAAGAAACCUCUGCUAAUGAAACUGAGGAUUUUUCACCAUAUGCUUUUCUUUCUACUUCACAAAUAAAUACUCUUCUAGAAGCACAGGAUCUGGAUGAAGUACAAAGACUAAUCGAAGAGAUUCUUAACUUUAAAGAUCCUCAAACAGAUCUGAAGGAAGCCGUCUUGGUAGACUAUUAUGUGUCCGGUUUCUUAACGGGAAAAGACAUGAACUUUAACCCUCAGCAGCUCACUGGCUUAAUGUGGUUAUUACAUUUUCUAAUAGAAAAUAUUGAGGCCAAACAAAUGUCUCUUGAAGAGAACAUCACAGAGUUGGGAAAAGCCUUCAUUGGCAUAGGACACAGUCCACUCAAGACUACAGGAAAACUAACAUUUUUAAAUGUUGAACAAGCCAAAGAUAUUAUCAACUACAUUAAAAUUAGUUUAUUUCAGCACUAUAAGCUCUAUGAAUGCCUCUUCACUGUGCCAAGGGAUCAAAUGGUUAUAGGAGCAGAGGUUAGAAAGACUCUCAUCUUGAGCAACUUCAAUAACUUGAUAACUUCAAAAAACUUGAUAGCACUACUGUUGUCACUGCAUAAGCAAGUAAUAGAGAUAGCUAAACCAGCAGAAACACCUUUCCCAACACCACUGGAAGAGGGAAUAUUUUCUGAAAUCUAUACAAAAUUUAUAGCACCACCGGCUCCAAAGGAAAACACAGAAAAUAUUAUGGAUGCCACACUGCCUGCGGAGCAUGAUAAGAAGGAAAAUCUGUCAGAUGAAGAUAAUCUCCUAAGUGUGUAUAGCAUUGAUGAAGUGAAGACAGUCUUAGAGGAAGUUACAGCAGAUGCUAUUGAUAGCCUACAGGUUGAGAUAAAUGAAAAGUUAAGGGUUCAGGAAGAGGCCUUCGUUGCAAAAAUAGAAAACCUGAAAAAGCCAUGACAUUCUCAGCAAAGUGUAUGGAACUUCAAGAAUCUCACCCUACACGACUGGAAAAUAUCACCUUUUCGUUAAUUUGCUGUUCAUGCAAAACAUCCCACAAGCAACAGCAGCUCUAUUUAAUCUGUGGUACUAUUUUGGUAGCGAAUAUAUUACAUAUAUAUCAUAUAAACACAUAAAAAUCUUACUUUUAAAGUUCUGUAAAUAUAGCUAACUCAUAGUAUUGUAAGCUGGAUAAAAUAUUGAUAUAACAGAAUAUGUAAUGAAAUACACUAAUAUAAUGUGCAAAUGUUGUUCUUUUUGACUUUCUGUACACACAGUCCCUGUAUUCCCAAAAGUUCACAUAAGGAGUUUUUAAUUCUAUUAGAAAAUAAAAUAAAAAAUCUAAAUUAGUAAACA